AUGGUCAUCAUCCUCCACUUCAGUAAUGUUGAUUACUGGUGGAACAUAAAGACAGUACCUGGUUGGGCUUCAACGCAGCUGGUGUCAUCCCCCUUUACUUUGUUAUUUGUUCUAUCAUAUCAGCAAAUUAAAUGUUGGAGUGUAAGAGUAAAAAUCCUUUUACAUAUCUCUUCACUUCAUGACGCUAAGCCAGGGUCGGACAGAAGAACAUACAUAGAAGAACUAUCAGGAACUGUUAUGUUCGAAAUUUUGGAUUGCGUGGAUAACAUGGUACCAUUGUUCAUCAAAGAAGACCGUGAAGCUUUCCUGACGGGUCUCGUAGAAGCCUGUCUAAACUUUGUCCUACCAACCGUACCUCUUCUGACCCUGUUGCAUAGUAAAUUCGAACACGCCAAGCUACCCCAAAGUUUAAUCAUGAUAUAUAAGAUUAUCCUGGCCUACAUUGUCAACCUUCCACUUUUGGUCAUGAGAAUGAUUUUAUGGCACGGACUUGAUCAUGGAGUCUCCAUUUUUUCCUUGAAGAAUGUGAUUGUGAUCGCCAUGAUAUCGUAUGAUUUCUAUGAACACCACGAGACAGUUAUGGACAACUUGGAGGAAAAGCAUAAAGAUCACCGAACGGAGAACGGAGACGAAAGUUUACCAGCGGAUGCUUACGGAUUGGAAGAUCGUUACGACUACAAGUGAACCUUCCUAACUUGCUAACAAAAAGAGCAAGACAACUAGGUUCAAAGUUCAAGGCAUAAAACGCGUACCUAUAUGCAAUGUGGAGAUUUCAGGAUCUGUGUUGAUAUAAAGAUAGUGAACAAAAGCCCUUUUCUAAAAAAAACCCCUCCCUUCUAUCCCUAAGAAGCGAAGCAUUGAAGAUGCAAUUGUAAAUAUGAAUCGUUUUUCAAUGGAAAAAGUACAACGAAAAACGUGUUGAGGACCAAAUAGAGAUAAGUGAGUGUCAUUAAAUCGUAGGACAGAGAUGUAGAACUUUUACUUGACUAGAGUAAAUAAUUA